UACUCGCUCGCACCUGUACCUGUAACCUACAGGUGAGACGAGGGAAACUGGGAGUUUAGCACGUAGACUUGCUAAAUAGACGUUUGACACCGGGUUUCUGUUUGUCUCUAACAUUUUAUAUAGCUUUAGAAUGUGCAGUUUGGACAGUUAAGCGUCUUGUUUCAAAUACACCGCAAGAUUGUGUUGAAAGACAUUGUAAGAGCGUCGCUGUUAUCGGGAGAUUCUAUUCUGUACUGAUGGCAACAGCAAAGCGCCAUAGACGGGCGAGACCUCAGCUGCCAGCGUGUUACCACGAAGGCUUUCUGGAAAAGAAGUCUAUAAAAGACAAGGGUGCAUUAUCCUGCUAAAAAGGCCACUGCCAUUAUGGAAUACUGUUGCCAUGAAGGGGUGUAACUGCAUGAAGGGGUGGUCUGCAACAAUCUUUUGGUAGGUGAUGGGUCGUAAACUCUGGACCAGUUUAUGUGGCAAUUCACUCUUUUUCUUUAAUAACACCAAAGAUAAUGUUUAUAUAGAGAAGCUGGAGCUCACUGAUCUUGUCUCUGUGACAGAUGACCGCUGCCGUGACCGAAACCUUGAAAAAGCUCAAUUCACCCUGCAUAUGAAAAAUGAAGACAUCAAGAUGAUCGCCCCAAGCCUUGAGUCUCGAGAGCUGUGGAAAGGCUUCAUACUCUCAGUUUCUAAGCUGUCUGUGCCCAGCAGUCUUAACCUUCUUCCUGGCCAGAUUCAAAUGAUGAAAGAAACAAUUGAGAAAGAGAAAAAGAGGCAGCAGCCUCCAACAGCUCCAUCACUGCUUAAUAACAUUUAUCUUCCUGUACUGCCAGACAUGCCUGCUUGUUAUCAUGAUGUCUCUCGGGUUGAAGCUGAGCUCCUAUUGGAAAGGAACGCUAAUCGAGGAAACCUACUGCUGAGGCCUGGCCAAGAUGGGGCAUCUUUUGCUGUAACCACUCGUCAAUUUGUCAACGGAUCAGUAUUCAAACAUUAUCGUGUAUCUCGGAAGCAUGAAGGAGGAUUCGCCAUUGACAUUGACACUCCUAUCUCCUGUCCCACUCUGCAUGAUGUCAUCACCUGCCUGGUGGAGAAGACCAAUGGGGUUUUAGAACCUUUUCUACUGGAGCAACACUAUGAGGAUAAUAUCAGUUAUGUUCAGGCCAAUGAGGAAAAUGGUGAGAGGAGUGUACAAUGUGCCAGCAGUGAACCUUUACCAUCUCGACCGGUUCCACCCCCUAAACAAGUCCAAAGGGAUUACAGGGCCAAUUCAGAACCUUUGGCAAACACACAGGAAAGCAUCUACCUCAAUGAACCAAUGCAAUUUUUGCCACAUCAAAAUUUAAUGCUGCCAAACCAGAACACCAGUUCAGGCAGUGAAAGAAAAGCUUUAAAACCCCCUGGCUACCCUCUUGCAGCACUCCGAAGCAGCGUGUCAGACGUGCCUGAGAACAAUUCUCAGCAUUGGCCACAACCUGCAGCUUUAUCAGAGGAGCUCAAGAUGAUUUUGAAGAAGAGACAGGCUAUCCAAGAAUGAUUUUGAAUCGAUGUGAUGUCAGGAAGCUUUGAAAUAUACAGCUAUACUCACCUCAACACUGUAUAAGUAAGAGUUCAACUUGGCUCAGAGACAAGCCAGUCAGAUUUGGAUCAACCUUUGGAUCAGGCCCUUGAAUCUAGUCAGCAGCUCUUUCUGUAUUUCUUGUUACAAUCACUUAGUAGACAUUAUACCAACCUAUCAACUAUUAUGUGUCACAUUGUGACCUUUGUAGCUGCUUACUGUAAAUUACUACUGCUGUGUAUGUAGUCAUAACUCAUUUACAAGUGUAUAUCUUGUAGCCUCUUAUCUUAUUGACAUAUUCCAUGUGCCAGAGAUUACUCGCAUGAAGUUGAAGGUGUAACCAAACUUGCCUGUCAGUUUUUGACUUGAAUUCCUUAAUGUCAGAUAGCUGGUCUGUCUUUUUUUUUUUUUUUUUUUUCUUGGUCUCUUAUACUACAAACAUUAGGAUUGCUAAAUGCAUCACAAAGGGUUGUUGGUAAUAUGAUGAACUAUAUUGUGGUAAAGAUUUUAUAUUAUGGGGAAGUUGCAGGUCUGCUUUUUUCAAAUACAGAAACUUCUGUUCCUGUUGAAACAAAACAUGUAGUAUAAAACAAGUGAUUAAAGAACACGAUCA